CUCCGCUACGGAACAGUGUUUUCUUGCAUGGUGACACCAAGUGCAUGAGGACCAUGGCCCUAUCACCUCGCAGGCAAAACGUAGUCAGUCUGAUACUCGCCCAAGGAUCUCCUUCCCCUGUUGCGGUGACGCGGCAGACAAUAAUUGAGCAGGCAAGCGAGAUAUUCGGGAAGCAGCUUCUACAAGCAUGGAAUCGUCAGAGAACCCCCCCGAGGUUGAAGAAAAAAUUUCUGGAAACUCGUGCUUUAGGUUCAAGUUCGACUUCAAGAAUCUUCCUGGACCAUGGAGGAUUCCAAGCUUGGCUUGCCUAUUUUCUUGCAACAGAAGGCAAGGCUCAUUUUAAGGGCCGUCACGACAGACUGUCUGUGCUCACCGCAUUCACGAGGCUGACGUCAGAUGAGCAAGCGAACGUCGCCAGGAGGUUAGCGGAUGUACGGACACACCAUACCGUUAGCAGCGCCAUUGAGAAGAUCUCGCAGAUAUUCGCAAAACAGAAUCCCGCUUCUCCCAGUUUCCCAGGUCCACGCAGUACCCAGCUCAACCGGGAUAACUUCGCCAAAAGACGGACUGGCCGAUUCCCUCCCAAUUGCCGACAAUGGUUCCUUGCAACAUAUCAUUCUCGAAGAGGCUUCAGUCGAAGGUCUUGCGGAUGUUUUUGGCCCUUACCUAUGUGGCGCAAUAAGAAGGGACACAGUUGAUAACGGAGCAUCACUCAAAGCUGCCGUUACUAUGGACUUCCCUUUUGAUGGAUUGGUAGAUUGCCUCAUGAGCUUGGCUAUCCACCAGAAUAAAGUCGAAUACCUGGCGUUCGCCCUGUUCAACGUACAUGUGGAAUCAGAGGGCCGGGUUCGUUACGUGAUGUUGAACGAAGGGGCCAAGUUGAUACCCAACCCAGAAAUGACGUUGAAAGGGGCACGAGAUGACGCGAUUCUUCGUAUACUCGGCGUGGAGAUUUACGAGGCGAUCAAAACCAGUCGUAUGCGCAAGAAGGAGCUAGAAGAGGGCAAUCUCGUGACGGAAUGCGUAUCCAUGAUAUUUACGGACAGAUCAGAUGAAGGAGCUGUGAUCAAUUUGUCCUUAGGACUGAAAGGUGGCGCUCAAAUACAGAACAAGUUAUAUACAUAGAAUGUGAACAUGCAGAGAAACUAUUCUUCCUUAACAUUGCCUCCGACGAAGUACAGCUCAAUACCAGGAGGUAGCUUUAUUUGACCGGUAAGCUUGGGGUGUACAAUCCCCUCUCCUUUGUUUUCGUAGUAUGUAAGUGCCUGACAUCCUACCCAGUAUACCCAUUGAUUCUUGCCUUCAACCCACUUAAUCUUAUUGGGAGGAAUCGAGGAAACGUCGAUGCUGGGGUCGAGGUCCUGGGGUUCAAACGGCUGAGUCGCGUUAGC